GCAACAGCCACAACAACUAGCAACAGCAGCUCACAUCUUUUGGUUCCUUUCUCACUGCAUACGUUGCGCAUCUUAGACAUCUGAUUUUUCGUCAUCAUGUCUACAGAAACAGCUCAAGACAUGUCCGACGAGGUCAUCCCUAUACCAUACGUCGCAGGCGCCUCUCUACGCCUUGAAAUCACCCAAAACUACCAAGACUUACCCUUACCCCGAGUGACUACGGCAUCCAUCACUAGGGUACUCGAUAUCACCAUGUCUUCGGUGAUGUGCGUUACUAUUACCCUGGACUCAGGCCAAGACGUUCAGGCAGUCCUGAAACUGUACGAUCGUCGGUUCGGUGUCGAUCUUCGCGACUACAGAAUGGUACAUCUGCCUCUUACAACUAAAAGGGAAGCGUUGUUUGAGUCCUUUGUAAGGCGAAACGCUAUUGGCCCUUUUCUCACACAGCUAGCCAAAGACCAGGAAGGGAGACUUCUGCCUAUUAAACCUCAUCACCACCUCGACGACGAGAACGUCGAGGGCAAUGAAAAGUACGAAGCGGCUCUGUGGAAAGAUUGUGAUGACAUGUUUCACUGCGAGACUAAGGCCUAUGAGUUGCUGAAAGAUCUUCAAGGUGCCGGAGUACCACGUUUGCUGGCCACCGUCCGCCUAGCAGACACAAGCUCUAUCAUACCAUCGGAUCUCAUCGACGGACCUGAUGCCAAGUACUGGGACGUUAAUGGCAUUCUCCUCCAGUACAUUCCUGGAAUUAAUCUGAUCAAUCUCGACAGCUCAUCAAUAGACGUCAAGGAAUGGCCGAUAUUGGUACAGCGUUCUGUGGAUUUGGUUCACAAAAUCAACGAAUACGGCGUGGUUAUGAUGGACUGUUCCACACGCAACGUGAUUGUGGAUCAAGAGUCGCAUCAACCUUUUGUUAUCGAUUUCGCGCAGUGUUGGUUCAAGCAUGAAAUGAAAAUGUGGGAGCCUAGCAACGAACAGGACGAUGAGGACGAUGAGGACGAUGAGGACGAUGAAGACGAUGAGGAGGAGGAGAGUGAGGAGAAAAUGGCUAAAAAUGAAGAAGAUGAAGGAAAAGAGACUGAGGAGAGAGAGAAUGAAAGGAAAGAGAACGAAGAGAAGGAGGGCGAGGAAAAAGAGACUAAAGAGAAAGAAGAUGAAGAGAAGGAGGGCGAAGAGAAGGAGGACGAAGAGAAAAAGGACGAAGAGAAAGAGGAUGAGGACAGCGAGAUUGACCUAGAAGAUGAGUACUGGUAUCGAGUAAGGUCUACAGACAAUCCUGGUGCUAUCGGAUAUGUUAUGAGAACGCGACUACAGAGAGAAAAGGGUGUCAAGAUCAAGGUCCAAUUCCCAGAUAUCUAUGAGAGACCGCUAAAAUAAGAUAAUCAAGGGAGUAGCUAUUCAGCACUCCAAGUUGACUAUCUAGAACCCCUGCGACUACUUGAAGUUUGAGUAUUGAAUUGAUGUGAAAGAAAGCUGUUUACCGUGUUUACUGCUAUAGGAAUUUAGCUGCUAGUGCG